UCAAGAAUAGCCGUCAUUGCAAUAGUUGCUCAUCUGAAACAUUUACUAUUGUUCGUAAAUUUUUACUUAUAAACAGCUAGUAAUUAACUUCGGUUAUUAUGUAACAUAACCGAAGACGUCCUUUGAUAUAAUUACGCACAUCUUGUUUAACACGUUGCCGAAAAAGGCCUCAGUAUUCUUUUUGACCGAUACCGGUAAAGUCGCGUGUGUAACUAUCGGUAACAAUUCCCUCCUUAUCAUUUGGUGUCUGCCCACGCGUGAUAAACGCGAUAAGAUUUACAAACUAAAUAAGAUCUAAAUGUGGGUCAAUAAAAAAAAGACAGUACUUGUUUUUAACUAUCUGUAACUUGUUGAACGCACUAUAAAGUUUUUUUGUAAACGUAAUGUACGCAUGAGUGAUGCGCCUGCUCCGAUGCAAGUGUUGCGCUGGGACUAUUUUCGUACCACGGAAAUAAGAGCGGCAAAAGGAGCAAAAAGCAUACGACCGGCUGAAAAACUGGAGGACGCAGUGCCGCGUGUAUUUCAGUCUGUUCUGGAUCGAUGUGUGUAACUCUUUUUCUGUGGAUGUGAUUUUAUCUUGUGACGUACCAAAAAUGAAGAAGAGAACGAUAUCGAAAAUAAAGUCUUUAUUUGGAUCAAAAAAAGCCAAACGGCAACUCCAACAGCAGCAAUCGUCGAAAUCUUCACGGUCACCAUCGCCAGAGGUUGAGCGAGCCGCGUCGCUCAAUGACACAUUCCGGCCACUGCCGCGGACGCCGCCCCCGACCCGGGCGGGGCCGCCGCCCUCGCCGCCGGUGCCCACGCAUCCGGUAGCCCCUGUCGCACCUGAACCUUCCGCGCCGCUUCCACUUUUACCUUGCCAAGUAUGCGGUCGUACCUUCGUACCGCAGUCUCUGGCGAAACAUGUCAAAAUAUGCGAAAAGAUGACUGUGAAGAAAAGAAAGACCUUCGACUCGUCCAGACAGAGACGGGAGGGGCUGACUCCGGAUGGUGUUAACUGUGGUACAGAUCUGGAACAGUAUUUGCCAAAGAACUUUGGUCUUCCAGAAAACAGCCCGUUCCUAGAGAAGAGUCCACCUAACACUGCCAAAGUGACGCCAAAGCCGAAAACACAAUCAAUCAGAAGCGCUAUCACAAAGCCAAUGGCUGAGCUGCAGAAAUGUCCGUACUGUGCGCGCGCGUUCGGACCGCGCGCAUUCGAACGACACGUGGAGUGGUGUGCCGACAAGGCCAAGAUCCUGCCCGUAGCUCCUACCGCGCCGCCGCCACAUCUGGCCGAUGCCAAGCUGCGCCUUCACGCCCGCACCCAGUACAAGGCGCCCCCCGUUCGCACACGCAGAUCAUCUCAGUCUCGUGACAAAACGUCUAACAGUCGAUCAGCGUCCGUGGAUUCAUCGCGCGGUGUCUCCCCGCCCCGAGAACAUGGCGACUACAAACACGGGCGGACUAGAGCAUCAGAAUCCCUAUCGAGCAAUGAUUGCCCUGAUGAUCCGUCUCCUCAUAUUCCAGUUAUAAGAAAUUCGCGAAGUACCCAGAAAAAUUCUACGGGAGACGCAAAUGUCAAAGCAAGACAAGCCAGACUCGCGAGAGAUAUUAGCAGCUCUAGAAAACCCCAAGAACGCUAUCCAUCAUCACCUGUCCAACAAAGUAAAACCGAGCCAAAUAUUCGUAAAUUUUACCCUGAAUGUCGAAAUAAACAAAGAAAUAAACUGAGCAUCAAUAAACAGCAGAAACUAACAAAAAUAGAAGAUAAUGUCAAUAAAUUUAAAGAACAAACGCUGAAUAAAAGAAACAACGUAAAAACCGUGAACAAAAUAGCUGAAAGAAGUCAAAUACCUAUACAUACUAAAAUUAAUAGAAAUGAACCAAUUAGAGAAACAAGAAAGCAAAACAGUGAUACAAAUAUUUGUGAAGAAAGUAGUAAAGACUCGGAAUCAGUAAAACAUGCCAAAGAUAAAUCAAACAAAGCAAUACCAGAUGAAUCUAAACCAACAAUCAAUAUAAAGAAAAAAUAUAUAUCUGGCGUGAAAUCUAAAGAAAGCACUGUGAGAAUUAAUAAAACCCAGAAAACUAAUAAACUGGUACAAGAAUCUAGUUUGAGAUUAGACAGUCUUGAAGAAUCUCUACCGUUUAAUAAUGAAAAAAAAUGUCAUUCAAUAGGAAUUAACACUGAACUUAUCUGUCCGUGUAUUCCUUGUAUAAUAUAUGAAUACCCAGAACAAAAGAAGUCAAAUAAACGAAAAAUUAAUAACGGAGCUAAUGUAAAAGUUUCACUAGAAAUUGACCGUUAUGUAUCCGAACCAAAAAUAGAACUAUUAUAUAAAAAUUUAGCUAUUGUAUGCUCUUCUGAUUUACAACUUACAGUUGAUUCAGAGAUGGAAUUACAUUCGCACAAUAAGGAACCACUAGCUGUCUCUCAUAUAACACCAUUUGCGACAGCAAGCGACUGUGAAAACGUUACUUCAAAUAACACUCAGUUUACUUAUCAGAAACGUGAACUGCAAAUAGAAAAUAAAGAUAUUUAUCAGAUAAAGUACUUAAAAAAUUUGAGAAAAAGAAGCAGUAAUUCUGAUGAAAACUGUUGUAAAAUAACGCGUGAUCAUUCAGCUAAAAAUUUUGAAGAUGAAAUUGAUAUAAGCAGUUUUGAAAAUUAUGAUGGUUCCAAUGAUAAUAAAUCUUUCGACAAUAACGUGGGCCGACAUGGGAGUAGCGACACUUUCACAAAGUUCACAGAAAAUCCCCAUGAUUUAGAAGAAUUCAUAAAUAUAACUAACACUAUGAUAAGUAAUGAAACUGAAGAGAAAAAAUUUGAUGUGGAGAUGGACAUUGAAAAUUUGCUUACACCAAAAACAAAUUCUAUCGAAGAUAUUAACAAAGAUAUUUCAAAUAACGUGUUUUCAGAACAAGAUAAAUGUAAUGUUUCGGACGUCUUUGCAGUACUUAAAAAUAAUUUAAAGGAGUUACUAGGAGGCUCUAGUAAAAAUGAAAUUAAUAAAUAUAAUCGGAAUAUGAUAAAUGUAGAGGAAAUUCAUGAAAGCAGGAAAGUUUGUGAUUUGGAACACAUAACUGUAUAUGAAUUAAAACAUUACGAACAAAUUCAGCGUGAAAAAAUUGAUUUAUUUAAAGAUGUCUCAGUAGUGUUUAAGUUACCAUCUAUAAGCGACAACAAUAAAUCAGAAAAGACAGUAAUGUGUAAUAAGAAAAGAAUGCAAAGAAUAUACAGAGCAAAUAGAAAAUAUAAUAUGUUAAGUCACCAAAGCCGGGGUAAUACGUUCAUUGUAAAAAAAGAUCAUGAAGAUAGUGAUAAUCAAUCAGCUACAUCUGAAGCACCACCUCUCAAGUUACCUCGUAUUACACUUAAGAGCAGUAACAAUAUCGUGAGUGAGAGUCUCUUCCCAUCCUCUGUAAAACGUUCCACAUCCCUCCUUGAUUCCAUUCAAAGGAAGAACGCACCUAAAGGUGAAACUGUAAAGAACCGCAAUAAAGUGGAUCAAUUGGAACAAGACAUAAUGCAAUCUCUAAAAGAUUUAGACAAAUUUUACGAACCUGAAAGAAACGAAAAUAAUCAGACACCUAAGGAAACGGCAAAGUACAAUACUCCGGUUCAUAACGGUACGGCAAAACGGAUGGAUACACGCAUCAAAUCCGAGAAGAAAAUCAAGAAAAAUGAAAAUAUUUGUAAUGGAAACUAUACACCUAAUGGCAAAACCAGUAACGAUUCUGCCUAUAGCAGGUUAGUCAGCUUGAAUAGAAUAUCCCCUUCGAAGCUAUCACUGUGUAAUUCAAAAGAGCCAAAUGGUAUUACGUCGCUUGAGCAAAUCCCUGCUGGAUUAGAUUCCAGUGGUAGUCACAAGGAAGAUGUCCGAUCAGUCUCUAGUGAGGAAUUCCUCGCCAUGGAGCGUUCCGCUGAAAUCGACGAAACCCUUUCACCGCUGGAUAUGCAUACAUCUUACAAGGAAUUAGACAGUAAUACUGUUAAUGAGAAACGAGCUAAUUCUCGCACAUCAUGGCGACGCUGCGGGAGUGGAGGCGGCGGACAACUUAGCUCUAGUGGGUCGGAAGCAUCCCUACAACGGCGCGAAGCGGUAGCACCACGCUUCUCACGGUUCUGCCAUGAAUGCGGUAGUAAAUUUCCAGUCGACACGGCCAAGUUCUGCAUUGAGUGUGGUGUAAAGAGACUUCUAGUUUGAGAUGACUGCUUGAGUUUCUUCUAGUCUAUGAUAAUAUUUUUAUGGAUACCGAUCCCGCGUGCUCAAAUGUGACACAUUGGCAGGCACCCGUACAUUACGAAGACAUAAGUAUGAAAUAAGGCGAUUGGCUUAUCGUGAUUUGUGACAAACUUACCAGAUAUGAUGAUUUCAAGAGGGGCCACAUCAAUGUUACUGCCAAUAUUGUAGGCAGUCCCCAUUAGUCUUGUCACUAUAUCAUCUCCCCCAUCGUAUUUUAGUGUUGUUCUUCGAAAAUUAUAAAUCGUAGAUCUGUUAGAGGCAGCUGUUUAAUAUGUUAGAACUGUUGUGUCAAGGAAGCUAAAAUGAUACAAUACUGAUUAUUUUUCAAACUUGACGAAAUAUCACAUUGAUAUGGAAAAAUCUGCAGUAAACCUCUCAUUUUUAUUUUAAUUACAAUUGUCGUUUAUGGUGUACUUCAACCUACCGCACGUUAUACCAAGAUUAAUAAAAUUGGAGUGCAGUAAUUUUGUCUAUGUAGUUAUAUAAAUGUUAGAGACCAUAGAAAUAUUGCAAUGAAUGUGCUCUCAAAAUUGGAUUAUAUCUAGAUACUAUAUAGUAUAUAAAUAGAACUUGUCAUUUGUAACCCAAAUAUUUGUUGUGUGAUUUGUGCACAAUUAAUAUAUUAAGAGAGAACACAAUAUUCUAUAAUAAUUCUGAAUUUAAUUUAUUAAUUAAAAAAUAAUUUUCUUUGCAAGAUAUGAACAAAAAGUGCCUGGAUAUUUAUUGUAAUUAUACCUGCACAAAGUGUCUAUUGGGCCAUUAUAUUUAUUAAUGUACAGAAAAUAUUAUGGACUAUUUUAAUGUGCUGCUUGCUUAAAUAAUUAAUAUAUAUUUAAAUUUUCUUUUAAAUAUGUUACCAAGUUACUAUUACUAAUUUGUGCCUUUCUUAUGUAGCAAGAGCAAAUAAUAAUUGUAUCUGUUAAAUGUAAGUAGUUAUCCAAGACUACUGGCCAGAUCUGUCGUCGAUUAUUUUAAGUAUCUGUGAUAAAUGAAGGAAAUGUUUGGUAAAUCUAAAUUGUCUGUAUUAAUUUAUUUUAUUAUUAGCACUGCAUGAAUUCCAGAGUGCCAAUUUGUUAUUUUGGGAAUGGAAUUUGUCCGUUUUUAUUGACAAAACAUUUUUUUAUAGAAUAUAUUUAUUAUUCUUAUGUAACAUUUUCAAGGAUUUCCAGUCUACAAUGUAGUUGGCCAUUUAACAAGACUGAUUUUAUUUUCAAAGUUUCGAACUAUGAGUAAUCCUUAGUUAUUGUUGUAUAUUGUUUUAAUAAAAUAACAAUUUAUCAUGUAAUAAAUUAACAUUUUUUAAUAGUUUUUGUUUUAAUUACCUAUCCUCAAAUAUAUAUGAAUAUAAUAAUAAUCAUUUUAUAUAUGUAUUAAGACAACUAUAGUUCAGUAUGUUAAUAAAAAAAUUAUAGAUUU